ACGUGUUGAUAUAGAAGUUUCAGUCAGCCACAGCCUUUUGCAGUGUGCGAUCUUCUGAGGUGUGAGGUGUUCCUUCGAUUCGGUGGAUAACGGUUGGAAGCUGCUAUCUCUUUGAAGACUUGACCAGCUUUUUUGCAAGAUGAAAAAGGCAUCGUUUUACGUUAUUUUGGGGAUUCUUAUUUAUAUCUCUUUGGCUACCACUGCGGCCGGGAAGUGCAAGCCCCCCAAAGGCCUCGACGUGGUGUUUGUGAUUGACAACAGCAAGAGCAUACCCCCAAAGGACUUCGAAGAAGUAAAAAAAUUUGCGGUGGGGAUGAUUGACGAAAUGGUGAAAGCAAAAACGGACUUGAAGAUCGGCUUAAUCGAAUUCUCUGGCAAAGCUGUUCCAAGCCUCUGGCUAUCUGAUGAGUUGAAUAAAGAAAGAAAAACUUCGGCGAUUCGUAAGAAAUUUCUCUCGAUAAAGCAGCCAGAUGAUAAUUUCAACACCAAUACGCACCUCGCCCUUUUUAUAGCGCGGACGCAGAUGUUGAAUGUGAAGUAUGAGGAAGGUGCGCGGUGCAACUGCGCAAAGAUCUUGAUCUUGAUCACAGAUGGCGCCCCCUCUUGGCCAACGUUUGCCUACACUGAAGCAUUGGCAGUUAUGAAACAGGGGAUCCACCUCUUCGUCGUCGGCACGGGCGCGGAAGCGAAUUUCCCCUCGGGAAAUAGUGGAAGUAAGAAGUUGCUGAGUCAAUACUUCACUGGUGGGGACGAGUCGAAAGUUUUCCGGGCGGACGAAUAUAAAAAGCUGCCGGGAAUCACAUCACAGGUCGUGGAGGCUACUUGCAAAGUUGUCCGCAGCUUGGAGAAGAAGGUGGCCGGCAAAAUAAACACAUUGCAGACUGGCGAGUAUGAAAAGUUGCAUAAGGAGGAAGAGGAAAGGGCUAAGACGCCAAAGAAGAACUAAGAAGAACUAAGAAGAAGGUGAUGCCGCGAAAGUAACAAGAACACGCAAAGGUGUUGAAACUAAUCACUGCCAUUUUCAGUAAGGUUAUUGUUGUCUUCGUUAAAGGUCCGACGCAAGCUCUCACAGCGCCGAAAAAUGGCGUUUUCGGGACCAAUAAAUUUCCAAUAACAUACUAAAAUGUCAGUGAUUAUUUCCCUAUGAGCGAUGCCAAAGGACUCGUUCGUACAACAUUGUUCACCUGUGACCCUCUGGUAUUGCUAGUGUUAACCUAUCUCAAGAGGUGGCAGCAGCGGUGGGUAUAAACUUGAGUUACACUACAGUGCAAAACAUGAUGGGUACACGCAUGGUGCAUUUGAUAAGGUACUCACUUCUGCCUUAUCCCUGUACAUUGUACACUCGUAGAUGAAAAGGUUUUUCAGCUGUUGAAAAAGAUUUGUUCGGCCAACACGAAUAUGCACUCCGUAAAGGUUUCUCAGCGGAGUGAAAAACCCGUAGAGGAGUCAAAAACCAUAAGGGGUUUGGAGCAACUGCAGAAUAGCCGGCCUGUCCCGGCUAUUCUGUAGUUAGGCCAGGGGUUUUCAAUUUACAACCAAAAAAACACCACGGGGAUGCAUAGUUUUGUUGGCCGAAAAAGGUCAAAAACCUUUCUUUCUAAGUUCAGGGGGCACGGGUAAACAUUGUACGAACGACCCAGGCAUUUAAUGGUCGAUGUUGUGCAUCCUUUCCAUUCGCCACUUUCCCCAAGCAGCAAUUUAGGAUUUCCUGACAGGUAAAGACCAAUCAGAAGAGAGCUAUCAUACUUGUUCGUCUAUGAUCAUACGGGGGUUCGAUUGGUCAAAACCUCUCACUUGACAUGAAUAAUUCCCACAUGAUUUCUGCUUGAGGAAAGUGGUGAACAAAUGAACGUUGCACGUGGUAAUGGAUAUACUGAAUGUAGUGUAGUCUAACUGUAUUGUUCCUAUAGUGUUGUCUAAGAGCAUAGUUUGGUGUUGUGGUGCAUUAAAUUCAUCUUUAUUUAGGACUGUUUUGAGAUGCAGGGCUGGCAAUGCAGAGUUCCUGAGUAGAGGGCGCGACACUUGUGUGCAGAAACUUUUGCACUGGAUUGUCUGGGUCCUUUUUCCGAUACAUCCAACAACU